AUGACACAAGCUUCGCGAUGCGCUGUCCUCCUGUCACUGUUCUUGCUCUGUGAAAGAGUGGUUCAUUCCUUCGCUCCUAUUGCCAUUAUUUCGACAUCUACUAUUACAAAUGCCAAAUCUGCACUCUUGGCCACCAAAACUACGACCCGAUUGUUUUCCGGAAUGAUGGGUGGAGGGAAUAGUGGAUACGGCAACAGUGGAUACGGCAACAACAUGAACAACAACCAAAGAAGAGAAGAAAUUGUCGCCUUUCAAGUCACUACUGUCUUUGAUCAAGAAGAAUUAUUGGCAAGAGAACGAGAUCAGCCCAUGUUUACUUCUGCCGUCCGUCGUGAUAUCUAUCGGAUUCUGAAAUCUCCGUACAAUCCAUCCUUGGGAGGCGAGGAUAAUGGCCGCCAAAUCUUUGGUUCUGUCUUGCUGGCCAAGAGUUCGGAUGGGGCCGGUCCCAAUGCGGCGUGGGAUACCUUUGCCUUUGCCGCCAAGGGUGCCAAUCCAUCCGGAUUUACUAUUUUGGACGACGAACAAAUGCUCGAAGCCAUUUCCAGUAUUGGCAAGAUUACUCCUGUAGCCUUGGCCAUUACACAAGCCUUCGAAGCCUAUCUAGCGCAGUUGGUCCAAUUGUACUGGGCAGAGCCAGAGGCUUCCCAACUAUCGAUCGAAUUUCUGGUUGCCUUUGGGAAUGAAAUGACCCCACGCUUGGAUAUCAACAAUCGGAUACGAUCCACUCGGUUGGUACCCCAAGAGAUUGAAAUCCUUUGUCAACAACCCUUUGCCAACUUUGUCGAUAAUGAGUCUCUAGAAACCUUCCAAGGAGAAACCAUGAGAGGUAUGAAUAUGGAUGCUAUCCGAUCCGCCCCGCCACCCGAAAUAAUACCAUUGGCUGGAAAUUAUGGCAACUCGGAUCUUGGCAUGAAUACCCGGCCGAACACAGGUCCCGCCUACAACCCUAGCACCAACAACAACAAUGGCAACAUUAACAAUGGUAAUACUUAUGGCGGAAACAAUGGUUACAACAGGAACCCUUACGGAAGCAACGAUCCUUACGGACAACCACCACCACCGCAACAGCAGCCGCCGCUACAGAACAGUCCUUACGGUGUUCCGCCUCCACCACCACAACAGCAGCAGCCGCGACAGAACAGUCCCUACGGUGUUCCGCCACCACCCCCGCAGCAGCAGCAGCCGCUCAAAAAUGGUCCUUACGGUGUGCCACCACCGCAACAGCAGCAGCCGCGGCAGAACAGUCCAUACGGUGUGCCGCCGCCACCACCGCAACAGCAGCAGCCGAGACAGAACCCUCCACCCAUGCAACAGCCUGGGCCAUAUAGCAAUCCAAACAACAACAAUAUGGACUUUAAUAACCGACCAAAUGACCCUAAUGGCUACAAUAAUAAUCCACCUCCACCAAGUGGUGGUCGCAGCUAUGGAAGCAGAGGAAACACUUACUCUGGUAGUACCGACGAUAGUCGGAACGUUGGUCGCAACAACAAUGGUCAAGUGUAUGGAAAUAACAUGCCAGAUCAGGGUCGGCCCCUUCAAGGUAAUACCGACGGCUACAAUUACAACAGCAACACUAAUAAUGAUGGAUUUCGAUCGAAUUCCAAGUUACGUGGUUACGACAACAGGAAUCCGAAUGGCAAUGAUAUGAUGAAUAAUAAUGGCCCUCCUUAUGGAAACGGUCCUAACAAUGGUCCUAACAACGGAAGCUAUGGCAAUCCCAAUGACAACAAUAGCGGCGCUCGAUAUGCCAACAACAGUCCAUAUGCCAACAACAACAACAACAAUAAUAACAACCAAAGUCCUCCAUAUGGAGACAACCGUGGGCCGCCACCCCCACCACCAGGACCACCACAAUCGGCCCCACCCAAUAAUUUCGGUAACAAUAUGAAUCUCAAUGGAGGAACCAACAAUAAUAACAACAAUGGGAACAAUCGGGGUGGUGGCUUGAAUAGCUAUGGCAAUGGCUUGUACGAGGAUGUCCGAAGAGGGUCCAAACGAGACAAUGCCUUGUGGGAUGACAAUCCUCGGGGCAACAACAAUAACGCUGGGGACAAGGGGUGGUAUGAAAACUUCUAA